UUUUUUUAAGUGUAUUUUUUGGGCUUCUUAUGCCUUUAUUAUAGCACAGUAGAGAGAGACAGGAAAUGGGGAGGUAGAGAGAGGGGGAAUGACAUACAGGAAAGGGCCGUCCAAUGCGGGAUUCGAACUGGGACCAGCUGCAGCGAGGACUCUAGCCUCUACAUAUAGGGCGCCUGCUCAACCCACUGCGCCACUUGAUGCCCUGUCAGUUAGUUUUUAACAGGAAUAGACCAAAUGAGAUGGCAGUAAUAAUGACUUUGUGGUGCUUGACCUGUCUCAGAUUUAAAGGGAAGCCAGCACCUCGAAGGUGUUUUGCCCUUUGUUUUCAAGUCUGUGGUGAGGUGUAACAAACCUUUUAAAAGCCUAAAAUAUCCUCGCUGGAGAUACAGUGCAGCUCAGAUUAUUGAUAUUCCUCACAAAAAUAACAUCUUAAUUUUUGAAGUUGGACCAAAUUGAAGAUGAAACAAAUUCAAUACAUCCUCUAAGGUUUGGGAGCAGGCGGUCAUGGGCGAACAUCUGAACCACAACCACUAUGUUAACCUGCAGGAAAUUAGAGGAUGGACAUCCAGACUUUGAUGGAAUUUAUUUAAGAAUAAAAAACAAAAACAACACAUGAGAUACAUCUUUUAAUGGAUGAUUUGCCUAAGGGGAAGCAAGUACAAGGAAAACAAAAUUGGACCCAGAACCGAACCAUGUGGGACACCAAUGGACCAAGCUCCAGAUCUGGAAAACUACCAUCAGAGAGUUCUUCUCCACCUGCUUUUGGAAAUCCAGUGGCGGUCAGUGUCUUCUGCUCCAACUUACGCCAGCUGUAGUGACUUGGGCAGCACUAUAUCUCUUACAACUCUACUGCGACAUGAAACAGACAACCUACUGAGAGAAUAUAAAACUCAUCAUGGAUCCAAGGGGGAAUCCAUUCCAGCUGAUGUUCCUAAUUCCGCCAUAUCUGGAGUCAACAUCUCUGAGAAGCUGCAGGACAUCAUCACAAAGAAUGUGCUUUUUUAUUUGCACAUUUUAAAAGUUGAAGGAUAUCAGGAAACAGUUUGGGGCAACCCAGAAUCUAUUGCCGGGCCCUUGUCUCGCGUCAAGGGCGGGCUCUUCAACCAUUUAACUAAAAUCAAAACUAUUCUUAUAAACAUCUCCCCAGAAAUCCCUUUGCCAACGCCGGCUCCACUGCAGUUGUCCCACAGUCAUGACUAUGCUAAAAAAGAAUAUGGCUGUGGUGUCAUAGUCUCACUGAGUGAAUGGCUUAAAGCAGUGCUGCAGGUACUUGAGGAGACAAAGAAAAAGUGUGAGGUGGCAGGGAGUCAAUCCUUUUACAGGGGCAUUCCACCAAUUUACACAUGAAGAUUAGUUAAACAUGUAUUGAGGAUCUGAGGUAACUUUCUAAUGUGAUCAAUUUCUAAUGAGAUCCUCGCCCCCUCUCUAAUAUUUUCUGCAAUGCUUAAGAUUUUUUUUUUUUUUACUUAAACCCUAUGAUCAAAGAAGGUUACAUACACUAACAUUCGGAAUUCAGAGAUGGACAAAAUUAAGAUAUCCUUCAUUCUCCUCUCUCAUAAAAUGGUGCCACCAAACCUCCACCUCAAAUUUUGUGUAAAAGCUCUGCAAUGUCUCUUUCAGUUUAUUAAGUUAUAUUUAUAUGAAGUUAUUAAUGAUAUUUAUUUAUUUAAAAUGGGAAUUUUUGUUAAUUAAAUGUACAGUAAAUUCAGCAGACUGAAAUGUAAUUUAGAUUAGGAUUAUUUAUAUAUUAUUGAAUAUGUAUUUAUUUUCUGAAAAGGGGAUGAUGAUGUUUAUUAUUAUUAUUAUUAUUAUUAUUAUUAUUAUCAUUAUUAUGAUUGUUAUUAUUAUUGUUAUUGUUAUUAUUAUUAUUAUUACAACUUUAUCGACCACAGCACUUUAUUUAUAUAAUGUAGAAUUUUUCCAUAACCGUUUACAACAUGGUAGGAAGACAGAAAAGCAAGUACAUUAAAAACAUGAAGAGGAGGUUCUUCAUUUUAUUUAUUUAUUUAUUAUUAUUAUUUUUAUAAUUGUUAUUUUUAUUUUAGUCCAAUGUGUGUUAUUUAUUCAUUAAUAAUUUAUUACUUUGGUAACAAAACAAAAGUGUAAGUUUCGUGUUGUUUUUUUUUUGUUUUUUUUUUAAUCUCCUGUGAGUGUGAAAGUGGAAACAGGUUUACAACACUGGGCUCUUAUCAGCGAGGUGCUGGGCACUGUCAAGCUGUGGGAGGAAGAGUUCAAAUGUUCUGCAGUAAAUGACAUUCAGCAAAAGUUGAUGCACUCAUGGGUGUGUAUAUAUUCCGAUAGGUCAUUUUGUAAGGUCAGCAGUUACCAAGAAUUGUUAAAUUAGUGUUUUGUUUUGAUGCCUUUGUAUCUGUUCAGCUCAUCCUAUGUUUACAUGAGCAAGUGCUACAUUCCAGUUAGUCCACCUCAUUUGCUAUGAAGUUUUAUUUGUUGUUCUUUUUCUCUUUUUUUCAUCUUAAAUGUUUCUAUUUAUUAUAUAUUCAUGAAAUUCACAGUGUUAAUUUUGCUGGUUUCAUUAAUAUUUUUGUUAUUGAAUGCCACCUUUUUUUCCUACUGCCCUUUAUAUGGGGUGGCAGCACACAAAGUAUUUUACGUCAUUAAAGCAUUUUAUGUUUACAUAAAUUAACAAGAACAACACGAAAUGUGUAACCUCAGCCUCUGCUGUAACGUUUAUUUUGUGGCUGUAAUAAAUACUUCUGAUGACACCAUAAAGAAAUUGUGUAAUAUUCU